AUGGCGGACGACGGCGAUUGGACGGUUGAGGAGAACACGGCAGUCGAGCCGCCAGUAGCGGAAAACGACGAGCUCUUCCGCGAGGCGUGCGCCUUCGAAGGCGCCGCGGUCGUCGCGCUAGUCGAAAACACGCCGAACAGCGGGAAUGACGGCGCGGAUGGCGGAGGGGGGGCGGGCGGCGCGAAGACGAUGGAGAUUAUGCUUGAUGACGGUGUGCUACUAACGGUGGAGCUCGAUUCCGGCGAGAAGCGACUCAACGAGCUAGGGUACAAACAGGACCUGCAACGCGAUCUGAACGCCUUCGAGCUCUUCGCCGUGUCGCUGACAGGCGUGGGGGUCUUCCUCGGGGUUAUCCCGUACUAUGAUUAUGCCUUUGCAAGUGGUGGUCCGGUCAUGGCCGUGUGGUUCUGGUGGAUCACUGCUUUCUUCGCUCACUGCAUCGCACUCUCCCUCGCUGAAAUCGCCUCCUCCUUUCCCACGGCUGGCUCUCUCUAUUUCUGGGCGGCAGCACUAGCCAAGCCUAAGUAUCGCCCAAUCGCUGCCUGGAUUACAGUAAGUGCUGAGUGUUCAAAAAGGGCUUGCAAAAUGUUAACUAAGUAUCGCCCAAUCGCUGCCUGGAUCACAGGCUGGUUGGAGUUUCUCGGGGCGUCCAUUGGCUCGGGAGGGGUGGCGCUGGGAGGGGUGCUGCUCCUCAGCGACCUCAUCCUGCUCGCCACAGGUGGUGCGGGCAAGGGCGGAUACACAAUGUCAGAGCCGGUGCAAUUCGCGUGCAGCGUGUUCAUUGUGCUCGUCUGUGCGCUCAUCAACCUGCUUCCCAUCAAGAUGGUCGGCAGGGUGCUGCUGGUCGGCAUGAUCAUCCAGGUGCUAGCCGGAGUGAUCACUAUCAUCACGCUCCCUCUCGUGGCGCCAACACUGCAACCAGCCUGGUGGGUCUUCAGCCAUUUGGAUUUCAACACCGCCAACACCAACAUGCCCAGCAACGGCUAUGCCGUGCUAGUGGGACUCUUGAUGUCUCAAUACGCCCUCUACUCAUUCGACACCGGCGCCCAUGCAUCAGAGGAGGCAAAGCGGUCAGAUGUGACAACCCCCAUCGCCAUGGUGGGGGCGCUGACACUCGUGUCGUUCCUGGAGUGGGGCGUGGUGGUCGUUCUCACCUUCUGCAUUCAAAACGAAGCCACACUGCUGGAUGAGACCAACGCUGCGGGGGGGAAACCGGUGAUUCAGAUCCUCUGGACCGUCUUCACUGGCAGAUACGGCAAUGCAGCGGGGGUGUAUGUCUUCAUCUGCCUCUUCUUCUCCUCCUUCUUCUUCUGCACCAUCACUCUCGUCUUCGCUGCAUGCCGUGUGGGCUACGCAUUAGCGCGAGACAAGGGCCUGCCUUUCUCCUCUCUCUGGCGGCGCGUCAACAAGCGCAAGGUGCCCGUGAACGCGCUCAUGUGCACCGUGGGCAUCGCCAUCGUGGCUCUCCUCCCUCUCCUGGGCGGCAGCACUGCCUACUUCGCCGUCACCGGCAUGGCCACGGUGGGGUGGUUUGGCGCGUACGGCGUGCCCAUCCUCUUCCGCAUUCUGCAGGACGACGGGGACUUUGUUCCGGGGCCGUUUUUCCUCAGGAACUAUUUUGGAAAGAUUGGAAGCAAGUGCAUACAUAUCUUGGCACUGCUCUAUGUGGUCUACACUAUGGUUGUCUUCAUGCUCCCCACCGAGCAGCGAGUAAACAUGGCGUCGCUGGCAGCGGGGCUGCUGCGGCUCGUGCCGGUGGUGGGACCGCCGGCGGCCGCGUUGCUCAUUGUGCUGGUAGACAACGCCGGCGCCGUAUGCCUCGCGCUGCUCGCGAUCUUCGUGUAUCAGUACAUCAACGCGAGCUUUUUCGACCCCGAGGAUAAAAUCUACGGGGUGCGUGCUGACGUGGACGGCCCGGGAAUCACGUACCGCCACAGCCGCUUCCAGGGCCUCCUCGAGACGCCAUUCGCGGGCGCGGACACCAUCCCGGGCCUCUUCAACAUGUCCGUUAAGAAGUUCCGCAACCGCCGCCUGCUCGGCACGCGGAGAUUAAUCUCCCGCGAGUUCGAAUUCGACGCGAAGCUAGACAAGCAGGUGGAGAGAUUAACCCUCGGGGAGUACGAGUGGGAGUCGUACGAGCGCGUGCACGAGCGCGUGGUGGCGUUCGGCGCGGGGCUGAUGGGGAGCGGGCAUGCGCGCGGGGAGAAGCUGGCGAUGUUCGCGGAGACGCGCGCGGACUGGUUUAUCGCGAUGCAGGGCGCGUUUCAGCAUGGGCUUGUGGUCGUGACGGUGUACGCGUCUCUGGGGACGGACGCGCUGGUUCACUCGCUUAACGAGACCGAAGUGGCUACAGUGGUCUGUGAUAGGAAGCAGUUUGACAAGAUCGCUGAGGUACAUUCCCGCCUCGCUACAGUGAAGCGCGUUAUAGUCAUGGCGGAGCAGAAGGCUGAUAACGAGACAGCCAGUAACGAGGAUCCGCUUCCAAGCACCAUAGGGAGCAUCACAGUGAUUCCCUAUGCUGACGUGGAGGCUAAAGGGGCGGAGAGCCCAGUGGAGCCGAAUCUGCCCAAGUCGUCUGACCUGGCAUUCAUCAUGUACACGUCAGGAUCCACUGGAGUUCCCAAGGGAGUCAUGAUGACGCACGGCAACCUGGUGGCAGUCUUUGCAGCGGUCAUGGCGCUCGUGCCCGAUGCCGACGAGAACGAUGUGUACAUUGCGUACCUGCCCCUCGCGCACUCGCUCGAGCUCACUGCGGAGACCGGCAUGGUAUCAAUAGGAGCAAGCAUCGGGUACGGUUCGCCCCUCACGGUCAUCGACGGCGCAGGCAAGCUCAAGCCCGGGGCUAAAGGGGACCUGUCCACGCUGCGCCCCACCCUCAUGGCUGCCGUGCCCGCAAUUCUGGAUAAGAUUCGGGACGGCGUCAGGCGCAAGAUGGCAACGCAGUCCCCCACGGUGCAGCAGCUAUUCGAGCUCGCUUACAGCCGUCGAUUGGCGGCGAUCAACGGCAGCUGGGGCGGCGCGUGGGGGCUGGAGAAGCUGCUGUGGGACGAGCUUGUCUUCAAGCGCAUCCGCGCGGCCGUGGGUGGCAGGCUGCGCUACAUGCUGUCGGGGGGAGCGCCCUUGUCGCCUGAUACCCAACGGUUCAUCAACAUCUGCUUCAACGUUCCCAUUGGCCAGGGCUACGGCCUCACAGAAACAUGCUCUGGAGGAACCUUUGCAGAAUUUUCCGACAACUCUGUGGGGAGAGUCGGCCCACCCAUUCCCUGCUGCUACAUCCGGCUGAUUGACUGGGAGGAGGGCAACUACCGUGUGACAGACCAGCCGCUGCCACGAGGGGAGAUCAUGAUCGGAGGGCCGUGCGUUACCCCUGGGUACUGGAAGAACCAGGAGGCCACUGAUGCCGUGUACUCGGUGGACAGCAAGGGCAUCCGGUGGUUUGCAACGGGCGACAUAGGGGAGGUGCAUCCGGACGGUGUCUUCCAGAUCAUCGACAGGAAGAAGGACAUUGUGAAGCUGCAGGCGGGCGAAUACGUGUCGCUGGGAAAGGUAGAGGCAGUCCUUCAAGUGAGCCCGUUCGUUGAGAAUGUGAUGCUCUACGCCGACCCCUUCAAGACCUUCACCAUAGCCCUCGUCGUGCCAUCCAAGCCGGCCCUGGUCGCAUGGGCCAAGGCUCAGGGUGUGGAUAGCACUGACUAUGCCGCGCUGUGUGAGAAUCCUGAGGCCGUCUCUCAAGUGCUCAAGUCUCUUGGCGAGGUGAGCAAGGAGGGUAAACUUCAAAAGUUUGAAGUGCCUGUGAGGAUCAAGCUCCUUCAAGAGCCAUGGACUCCUGACAGCGGACUUUUGACAGCAGCCUUGAAGCUAAAGCGGGAUGUUGUUCGCCGAAAUUUCCAGCAAGAGCUUGACGCUCUCUCCUGUUUCAUUGCGAAGAGAAGAAAGAAAGCUGGAAGAACAAGAGCCGGUUUUAUUUUGGAAUUAGCUGAAUCAUACCUGUUGCAUCACAAGCAGUUUGUUUUGUUGCUCCCUCUCACCAUGGCCGGAUCGCCUUUUCCCCGCGCGCACGAGAACGGACAUGCAACACAACAUGGCACCCACCCCAAAGAGGUGUGCAUCGUGGCCGCGGCGCGCACUCCCAUGGGCGGCUUCAUGGGCGCCCUCUCCUCCCUCCCUGCCACCCAACUCGGAUCGGUCGCCAUCAAAGAGGCCGUGCGGCGCUCCGGCCUGGAGCCUGCUGACGUGGAGGAGGUGAUCAUGGGCAACGUGCUCAGCGCGAAUCUCGGCCAGGCGCCCGCGCGCCAGGCGUCCAUCGGCGCGGGUCUCCCCGAGACCGUCGUCGCCACCACCGUCAACAAAGUCUGCGCUUCGGGCAUGAAAGCCAUCGCGCUGGCGGCGCAGUCGAUCAUGCUGGGGAUCAACGAGGUGGUGGUGGCGGGCGGCAUGGAGAGCAUGAGCAACGCGCCCUACUACCUCUCCAAGGCGCGCGGCGGCUACCGCUUCGGCAACGCGGAGAUCAUGGACGGCAUGCAGCGCGACGGGCUGUGCGACGCGUACGCGGACGACCCCAUGGGAUGCUUCGCGGAAACCUGCGCGGAGGAGUAUGACAUCUCGCGCGCGGAUCAAGACGACCACGCGGUGCUGACGCACCAGCGCGCCGCGGCGGCGAACGCGGAGGGCGCGUUCGAGUGGGAGAUUGUUCCCGUGGAGGUGAAGGCGGGGAAGGGUAAGCCGGCUUUAAUCGUCGAUCGCGACGAGGCGUGCGCGAAAUUCGACGAGAAGAAGCUGCGGAAUCUGCGGCCGUGUUUUAAGGAGCACGGGACGGUCACGGCGGGGAACGCGUCGGCGAUUAGCGACGGCGCCGCGGCCGUGGUGUUGACGAGCCGCGGCAAGGCGGACAGCCUGGGGCUGAAGGUGCUCGCCGUGAUUCGCGGCUUCGCUGACGCCGAGCAGGCUCCUGAGCGCUUCACGACAGCUCCCGCGCUGGCCAUUCCGCGCGCGUUGAAGCAUGCGCGCAUCGACCCCGCGGAGGUGGACUGCUGGGAGAUCAACGAAGCCUUCUCCGUGGUGGCGCUGGCCAAUCAGAAGCUGCUGAACGUGCCGGCAGAGCGCCUGAACAUGCAUGGUGGCGCGGUGGCACUCGGGCACCCGCUGGGGUGCAGCGGGGCACGCAUCAUUGUCACACUGCUGGGGGUGUUGCGGCGGAAGGGUGGCCAGAUUGGUGUGGCAGGAGUGUGCAAUGGGGGUGGUGGAGCCUCAGCCAUGGUCAUCGAGGCAGAAUCCUUGGAUCACUCUAGUGCCCAUGCGCACCUCUGA